AGUGCAUAGCAGAGACAGAAACCCCAGAAUCGUGGCAGAAUAUCCUAGGUUGAUGCGAUUCGAUAAAGGAAGGCUGAGAAAUGUCUGGGCUGGGAGUAGUUUACCAAGCGAAUAAUCUGGCAGCAUUUGGGAUGGUGUGUGCAUUUUCAUGACCGUUUACAUUUAUUUCGUUUAAAUAAAAUGCCUUUCUACCAUUUGGCUUCAUUUUUCUAUUGUUAACGUUUUUUAUGGGUUGUAGCCUCACGCGCCUGCGCCCAGUUCCAAUAAUCUUAUUGUGGAAAUGGUGAAUCAGGAUUUAUGAAUAUCUAUUUCGCAAUUUUCGCCUUCAUGGCACCUGUUGUUAUUGUUAUGAUAACGGUAGGGGUAUCAUGUGUAAUUCACCGAAGGAGGCACAGUCGGAUUGAACGCUCACUUCUUCAAUGAUGGACGCUCUGUCUAACGUGAAGAGCAUGGAGUGCGAGCUGCAUUGCCCAGUGUGUAAGGAGAUCGUCAAGCAGCCCGUGGUCCUGCCAUGUCAGCACAGCGUCUGCCUGAUGUGUGCCUCAGAGGUCCUGGUUCAAAAUGGCUACCCUCCUCCGGAGCUGCCACCCGAGCCCAACUCUCCUGCCUCCACCCCCAACACCCGCUCUCCCCGCCAGGCACGCAGGCCCAUGCCCAGCAAGGCCGACCAUCGACCCAUCGACCGCGUGCUACGUUCAGGAUUUGGGACGUAUCCGUCGCCGGGGCGACGGCGUAAGGAACCGCCCCCCGCGAUGUUGUUUCCGUGCCCGCCCUGUGGGAGAGAGGUAGAGCUGGGAGAGAAGGGCCUGACUGACUGCCUGCGUAACCUCACCUUGGAGCGCAUUGUAGAGAGGUACAGACACACAGUGAGCCUGGGCAGUGUGGCUGUGAUGUGUCAGUUCUGCAAGCCUCCCCAGUCCCUGGAGGCCACUAAGGGCUGCGCCGACUGCCAAGCCAGCUUCUGUAAUGAGUGUUUCAAGCUCUACCACCCCUGGGGGACUCCUCGCGCCCAGCAUGAACACGUCCAGCCCACCCUCAACUUCAGGCCCAAGGUUCUGUCAUGUCCGGAGCAUGACCAGGAGCGUCUGCACUUCUACUGUAGGACGUGCCAGCGGCUGCUGUGCCCGCUUUGCAAGCUGCGCCGAGUCCACGCCGGGCACAAGGUGGCGCCAGUCACCCAGGCAUACCAGACACUCAAGGACAAGAUUACCAAGGAGAUGAACUACAUUCUGUCCAACCAGGAGACAGUGCUGGGCCAGAUCUCACAGCUGGAGAGUGCCACCACUCAGACAGAGGCGAACAGCGUAGCGGCACGUGAGCAGCUGUCUCAGAGCGUGAGAGACCUGACCGCCCUCCUCGCUGAGCGCCACGCCUCAUUGUCUCAGGCCCUGGAGGGGGCACGGCAGAGGCGGGGCGAGGCGUUGGCGGGCCAGGUGGCGGAGAGGCGGAGCCUGCUAGAGCAUGCAGGCCUCAUGGCGUUCUCCCAAGAGCUGCUGAAGGAGACGGACCCGCCCUGCUUCGUCCAGGCAGCGCGCCAGACACACAGCAGGUUAUCCACGUCCAUCGAGGGGCUGCAGUGUUUCUCUCUGGCUGCUGAUCCCUCCUUCAGACACUUCCAGCUGGACGUCUCCAAAGAGCUCAAACUCCUCACAAACCUGCAGUUCAUCCAGGCCCCUCUGGCCCCUGUUAUUGACACCCAAAAGACCCUGGCCUAUGACCAGCUCUUCCUGUGUUGGCGGCUGCCUCAGGAAUCCGCCCCCGCCUGGCACUUCUCUGUGGAGUUUCGUCGCCGGGGGGUGGUGCCAGGAGGCGGAGCCAGGGGUGGUAUCCAAGGGCGAUUGGCUGCGGCCCGCUGGGGCUGGCAGCGGCUGGAGGAGGUGGGCGGAACCAGUGCUGUGAUUGACAGGUUGGAGAUGGACAGUGUGUAUGUGUUGAGGGUGAGAGGCUGCAACAAGGCGGGCUUCGGGGAGUACAGUGAGGAGGUGUACCUACACACCCCGCCAGCACCAGUGUUAAAUUUCUACCUGGACUCUCGCUGGGGUCUCCAUGCCGACCGGCUGGUGGUGAGUAAGGAGCAGCGCUGUGCCCGGAGUGUUCCCGGCCUGUCCCUGAUGCAGGCCGCCGACCGAGCGCUCACUUCCUGUCACCUGACUGCAGACCUCCUGGUAGGCGACGUGGCCAUCACCCAGGGCAGGCACUACUGGGCAUGCUCAGUGGAGCCCGGCUCCUAUCUGGUCAAAGUGGGAGUGGGCCUAGAGGCCAAACUACAGGAGUGGUUUCACCUUCCGCAAGACAUGGCCAGUCCCCGUUAUGACCCAGACAGUGGCCAUGACAGUGGGGCAGAGGAUUCCCUGGAAUCCCCUCCCCCCUUCUCUUUCCUCACCAUGGGCAUGGGCAAGAUCUUCCUGCCCCAGGCUCCCAACCAUCAUAACAACCAUGGUUGCAAUGGCAACAACCCCCGCCGCAACCCCACCAUCGCCAACAGCAACAGCCCUGCCUCCUCGCCUACGGGCCUCACCUACCCCCUGCCUCCCAGGCUUGGGGUGUGCCUUGACUUUGAGAAGGGUCGCGUCACUUUCUACGAUGCCCACUCGCUCCGUCCUCUGUGGGAAGGGCCUGUCGAUUGCUCCGGCCCUGUUUGCCCGGCUUUCUUUUUUAUUGGCGGAGGGGCGCUACAGUUACAGGAGUUGGUGGCCAAUCGGAUGGCAGACCAGACUCCAGUCAGGAGGGUCACCAUCCAAUCACGUGUCACUAAUCUGAAUAACUAGGCUGCGAUUCAAUUUGAAACCAUGGUGUAGCACGCGCUUUACAUUUUAAAGGUAAUUUCCAAUUUAGCCGACCUCUACAGCGUUUACCCUGAAUGUGAUCUCUGCAAACGCAGUAACAUUGCCUUUUAAACGGCGCAUUGAAUCUCAGCCUUAAUCUUAGGUGAUUGAUUGGACAUAGAAUGUAAAGUUAAUUGUAAGCUAUUUACUUGGCCAGAGCAAAAAGUUAGUAACCUAAUUUUGUUUUUGUUUUUUUAUCUCAUUUGUAUGAAAAAAACUAGUUUUUAUUGCAACCGAUAUGCAAAUGUAUUUAACUUUAUUACAUACUUUUUGGUUUACACAUUUUAUUUUGCCAGAAAUGCUAAAUUGCUUAAGUAGGGGCUGGCAAUUUACACACACAGCAAUUAUGUAAUGUCUCCUAUCUUUGACGCUUGCUCUAUUAACCAAUUAACCACACUAUACUGUAUAUAUUUACGGUAUAUAUGUAUAUAUGCAAGAACAUAUAUUUAUUUUAGAAAAACUGUUUCUCAGUCAUGUUCUGUCUGUGUGUUCAUCUAUGUCCAGGGUAUUCAAAUCUUACCCUACGAGGUCCGGACUACUGCUGGUUUUCCGUUUUACCUGAUAAUUAAUUGCACCUACCUGGUCUCCCAUGUGGAAAUGACUUCGAGAUCCAGAAAUUAAUUGGAGGUUCUUAGUUUUCUGAUCAUGUAACAGUUCCCCCCUUCACUGUACUAAAACUAUUUACACAUCUACUGUACGUCUGUGUAUCUCCAAUGGAAAAAAAGUCCUGACUGUUAGUGAAAUCUUCCCACUCACUCCAUCACAACCCCAACUAAAGUGAUUUAUCUGGUCUAAAUACUGUUGUCAUUGAGUAGACAGUAGAUUGAGUUAGGAGGAUAACAUGUCAUGAGGAAAUACUGAAAUUAGGAACUGAAUGAUACCGCUUCAGCUUCAGCCACCUUUAUCACUUGAUUAAUGUGUUUGUGCAUUGGUUGUUUUUCCAACGUUUAACUGUGUGUGUGUGUGUGUGUAGGAAUGAGACUCCAGUUAAAAUAAUUCACAUGUCUGAUAAUCAUAUUGACCACCAUUUGCUGAUUUAUAAUUGUCUUUUAGGGAAUAUUUUGUAUUAUUUCAAAGUGUGCUUGAUUGUAAGUUAUGAACAGUACUUAUGAAUGAUAAGCUUUCUAGAAAUGUAGGUUGUUUCCAAAAUGACACCCUAUUCCAUAUAUACUACUUUUGACAAGGCCCAAAGCUUCAGGUCAAAAGUAGUGCACUAUUUAGGGAAUAGGGUGCCAUUUGGGACGCAUACAAAUGUAGACUUCACCUGCUGGCAGAAUGUUUGUAAAAAAUAAAUAAAAAAAACAGACAAACAAUUUACGCUAAAUAAAGACAAAUUCUGAAAAUGA